GCUAGGCUUAUUGGUUUGCUUUCAUGAUGAUGUGGAACAAAUGGAUGCUGCUGUGGCCCGAGCUUUACUUCAUCAAAUGAUUAAAUGCAAUCAGUUGAGAGGUUUUCAGACUGACGUUCAGAAGCUCAAAUCUCAGCUCCUGAACAUUGCCAUGCAAAACCGGACAUUGAAUGAUACCCUUGGGUCUUUGUCAGAUGCCGUGGUUGGAUUAACUUCAAGUCAGCUGGAAUCUUUGUCACCUGAAGCAGUGCAUAAGGCUAUCACAACAUUAAACCAAGUCUCUGGGUGGGCAAAAAGCCAAGUUAUGAUUUUAUCCAGUAAAUACCUCUCUUAUGAAAAGGUUUUAUCAUCUUAUAAUGUUAGUCAAAUGGGCGUGUUGAUAACUGGUGUUAGCACCCAGGCAUUCUACAACAUGAACCCAAAGGAGCUUUCUCAGAUUAUUCAAGGCACAACAUCCCAAUACUUAUCAGACUUAUCACCUGCACAACAGCAAGGGAUCCUCAGGAAGAUAGCUGCAUCUGGAGAUUUUUCUUCAUCAGUCAAAGAUAUACAGGGAGCUUUCUUUAAAGAAAUAUCUCUUUCUGAUUUAUGGAAGCAGACCGGGUAUAGUUCUUCAAUGAUGAAAGGAAAAGAACUAAGAAGAAGCCAGGCUUUGUAUCUGUAUGAAUUACUGUCUGAGAAAAACUAUCCUGUUGACCUUCUAAGCACAGGACAGCUUGUGAAAGGAGUGACUUGUCAACUCAUCGAAAGUAUGGGCACAGACAUUUUUUUAAGCAAUUUUAAAUUUUUUGAAAACAAUCUUCAUCUGCUUUCUCCAUAUCAGGUUAAUUGUUUAGCUUGGAAAUUUUGGAAAGUCUCUAAUGCAUCUAUUCCUCCCCUCCUGUUAUUGGUGCUUCCGGUUGAGUACCUGGAGUAUGUUUCAGGCCCUUUGUGUGUCCCUUUCAUUGAAAGUCUGGGGAGGACUGAGAUGGACCUUUUGAAUCCAAGCCUUCACAAAAAGAAUGCUGUCAUGCAAAAAGUACAGGAAUGCUUGAAUGGCUCCGUUGCUGAUGAAUAUGAUGUUGACCUACUUGGAAAUCUAAUCUGCCACUUACCACCAGCCUUUCUACAUGGCAGAAUGUCCCUGAGGGCAAUGGCAGCAGCCCUUCAUCAAUUCAGACUCUGCCAACAGCUCAGCCACGAGCAGAAGACUGAAAUUAAAUACAAACUCCUCGAGUUAUAUGGCUCCCCAAACAACUGGACGGCUGAGACAACAUUAGAUGUUGGACCAUUCAUUACUCUGCUAUCAAAAAGGAAAUUGAACAUGCUUGCUGAAAAGUUCCCCAGUAUCAUUUUACAAAUAGCAAAGACAAUUGGACCAAUUUCUUCAGCUGAAGAUCUUCUAUCAACUAUAUUUGAAUCUGUCUCUAAUGCCACUGCCAACACCGAAUCGUCUCUCGCCAGACCUGAUUGCCUGGGAACCAGAGCUUCUUCUUCAGAUGAAAUUAUUAAAUUAGCAGAAGCAAAUGUCUUUUGGUCAGUUCACGAACUGAAAUGCAUGGACGCGGGGACUUUUGACAAAAAUGUGGAACUUCUUGGGACUGUCUCAGGUUUUAACAGCUCCCAGCUUAUUGCCUUGAAGGAAAAAGCCACGCAGGUUUGGGGAUCGCUGCCAGACUGGAAGAGUUACCAUAUUGCUUCCCUGGGCCGCAUUGCUCUGGCCCUCACUGAACAUGAAAUCAAAGAGCUGGAUUUGCAUUCUGUCGACACCAUUUCUGCCCUUAGCCAGCAAACAGAAUGGACUCUUACCCAGGCAAGAUCUAUUCUGCAAGGUUUUCUAGAAGACUCUGGCCAGACGAUCAGUACACUAAAAAGCUUUGAUUUAGUUGGAUUAGGAGCGAUUCUCUGUGCUUUGAACUCCACAGAAAUCAUGUCCAUACAGACUGCUGAAUUCAGUGCUGCAGUUGCAAGAAUUGGCCUGUUGUUUUGUAGCACCCCUGUUCUGAGGCAGUUUAAGAAGAUGACAGAAUCUGUGUUUGGUACUGCUGCUAGCUGGAACGCCUCUAUUUUACAGGAGAUAGGUACUAUAGCAGGUGGUUUGAAUGAAGAUGAAUUAAAAGCUUUUGAUAAAAACUUGAUGCCAUAUUUGCAGCCAAUAGCAAUAAGAUGUAUCCCUCCUGAAAUUUUCCAAGCAUUGUCCCCAGAACAAAUAGCAAACCUGGGCCCUGAAAAUGCCGCCAUGGUUACCAGAUUGCAGCGUGAGCAUCUGAAUGCGUCACAGCUCCAGAGCCUUCAGCUGGCGCUGGACGGAGCCAGGACUAGCGCCCCUGAGACGCAAAACGGUGCAAGCCCUACCCAGGCAGUGCAAACCCCAGCUGCAAGUGGUGCUCCUUGUUUGAGUGGCUUCAGCUUCUGUUCAUGUGCUGUGUUUAUGCUGCACCUGCCUUUCUGA